GACUGGGAGCCGCCCGGGACCCCCGCGCGCCUUGCCACCAGCUCCCCACUUUUCCCGGCCGGGAGAGACGGAGCGUCGCUCUUCGCUGCGGGGCAGAUGGGCUCCAGGCGGAGGCCCCUGGGCCGCUCCUACUCGGGCAACGGCCCUUACGCGGCGUACAGCCCCGGCCAGGGCAGCGACGGCGAGGACAACGGGCCCCUAGUGGAGCACCGGCCCGAGCGGCGCAGCUAUUUCCUGAGCGUGCGCCCAGAGAACAGCUUAUCAACCAGCCGGUUAUCUCCCUCCAGCUUUGGAAGGAGCACCUUCUGUGCCAUCAUCGCUCAGCUGACCGAGGAAACCCAGCCCCUUUUCGAAACCACUCUCAAGUCGCACGCCGUCUCCGAGGAUGCAGAUGCCAAGUUCACCUGCAUUGUGACAGGUUACCCGCAACCGGAAGUGACCUGGUACAAAGAUGAUGAAGAGAUGGACAGAUAUUGUGGCUUGCCAAAGUACGAGAUCUUUCGUCAUGGGAACCGACACACGCUGCAGUUGUACAAGUGCAGAGAGGAAGAUGCAGCCAUUUACCAAGCCUCGGCCAGAAACAACAAGGGCAUUGUGUCUUGCUCGGGGGUCUUGGAGGUGGGAACCAUGACAGAGUACAGAAUCCACCAGCGAUGGUUUGCCAAGCUCAAGCGAAACGCCGAAGCCAAGCUGCGCGAGAUCGAGCAGAGCAGGAAGCGAGGGAAGGAGAACGUGGAGCUGGAGCAGCUGAGGAGGGUGAGCCCGGACAGGUUCCAGCGGAAGCGCCGCUUGACCGGCGAAGUGGGCAUGCGAUCGGGCACCUCCCUCUGGGACAAGGAGGAGGUGGCAAAGGUGCGCAUCCCAGAUGGGAAACCACGAUUUGGAGAGGACGAGAAGAGCAAAGAGACCCUGUUCCCAAACAACUUCAUAACAGGGCACCUAGAAGCAGAGGUGACCACCAACGGGGACUCUGCUCUGGAGAGCGGGGAGGAAAACGGAGACGAGAAUGCCAACGGCUUUCUCACCUAUGUCUAUGAGACGGUGGAGAUCAUUAAAGCGAAGCCUACGGCGGCCAAAGAGUUUUCCGCAAAGAAGAAGAAGAAAGAGGAGAUCACCGCUGCCCUGCCGAAUGCAAGCCAGGAUGUCUCCCGAGAAGAGGACGGGACACAACAGAGGAGCAUUAGCUCGGCGCGUAAAGAUGCCACGCCUAACACCUUGGCCUACAGCACGUCACCUUUUGCAACAAAUGGGCUGGUGGGCACGGAGCCCAGAGGACCUUCGAGGCAGGUGGCGGAGAAGCCCAUCGCCCGACCCUAUUCAAUGCCCCCUAAAGCAGACGUGUUCUUUUCUCUGAAAGAUAUGUAUUUUGACAUGGGGGUGAAAGCUGAGGCUGAGCAGAAGGCGCCAGGAGCCAAGGAAGGCGAGGAUGAUCGGAACCAGCCAGGUGUGGAUGCUUCCGUUCUGGAAGAGAUGCUCCCAGCAACACCUACGGCUUUGAAAAGGCCAAAACCAGCAGAGGAAGGGCAAAAAGAGCCACACGAAGAGCAGGAAACAGAGGAAAAGGAGGCUGUGGAAACAAAGGAAGCCAAGACGAUGGCAGCCACGGAUGCUGGCGGGGACGUCAAUGCAAACUUAUCCCAGUAUCCUAACUGGACCGCACAGCCCGUGCCAGAGGUGCAGGGUUCCCUUCGGAUGGAAAAUGUGGCAGACAUUCCUGAAACAGAUAUUCAGCAUCCUGGCCAGGCUUCAGAGACUGGCCUUGGGGUGUGGGCUCCCCUUUCAAAGGAUAUGGUUGCCGACCUCCGUGAAACGGACUUGCUGGACUCUCUCUGCCCUGAAGCAGAGCCAUCCCCACAGCCCCAGAAGACCGUGGGGCUGGAUUCGUCUGUGCGCUUUCAGGAAGCGGCGAGAGACUUGAAGGAGGCCUCCUUGGGAGAGCAGCUGCCCAGCCAAGGGCCUUGUGAGGCUCCACAAACCUUAAAGCCAGCAUUGCCCACUGUCUUCAGCCUGCAAACUCCAGAUGUGGGUCUUGGAGAAGAAACUAGCCAGGAUGCCCGCCACUUUGCAAUAAAGGAAGGUGCCCCAGGAGACCCAGAGACCAAACAUGCUGAGGAGCAAGAUGAUCCUAGCCAAGAGUCCCAAGAACCAAGCAUGAUCGUGCUAAGCCAGGAUGGCAGCCAGCGCUUCUCAGUGACUUCCCAGAAUCCCCCAGUUCUCUCCCUUGGCACCACACAGCCCAUUGGGAAGGAACAGCGGGUUUUGAGAGAAGAUGUGAAAAUGCGUUCCCCGCGUUUUGGAAGUGACAGAACCCAAGCCAAACCAGAGAGUAAGGAUCUGGCUGCUCCCGGGUCAUUGGUUGAGGAAUCCAGUCUUGAGCCUAGAACUACAGUCAUCUCGGAGCGAUAUGCCCCUCAGAUUGACACGGUGAGCAAAGAGAAGCAAGAAGAAGCCUUUGAGGUCCAGGGAGACAAGAGGUCUAGGCUAAAUGGGGAUUUAGGGCUUGAGGGCAAAACUCCUCCCACAGUGACAGCAAGGCCAUUAUUUGGCCCAGAAGUUUCUGUAGAAGCCCCAGUUCCCCAUCAAAGUAUUUCAGAGGAACCUCAUCCAGUGCCUCUGGCAUUCCAAGAAGCCGCUCCACUUUCUCCGGAUGAAGAAGGUUCAGCUGAUAAGGACCAGUCUGUGGCCCAUUUGCUGAGGGAUGUGAAGAGGGAAAUAGAAACCUGGCAGCCAUCGGAGUUGGCAGCUUCAGAAUCGGAGCAACGGCAGGCCGGCAACACGGAGGCCCGCGUCCAGGAAGAGCCCCCAACUCCACUGAGGCGUGAGGGAAAUGAGAAGGAGUCGUUUGGCCUGGGCAGGAAGAUGGACAUCAGAACUAAGGAAAGGGAGAGAAAAGUCUCUGAGGCACCUGCAAUACAGGACUCGCGCCAAACAGAGACCGCGAUGGAGGAGGAUCCAACCGCAGAUAAGGCACAGAACACAAACCUAGUGUCCUCCCUGAAAAAUUACUUGCUUCUGCUCUUAAAGAUGACCACGGAGGCCGACAAAAGCAAGGGCAGCAAGAAGCAAGACGUCAAGGCUGCGGAGGAAAAGACCCCGCCGACUGCCAUUCCCAAGCACUUGCCGGACAUGGGCAUAGCUGGCUUGACCCCCAGGACAUCGAGGAAGAUCUUUGAGCGGGUAGAAACCAACCAGCUCUUCCAAAGCGCAGAGAGUCUGCAGCUGACUCCCAAGACUUCCCGGAGGAUCACAGGGAUGAUCAACCAGGAGCUGCUUGCUUGCAAAGAGAGCUUGGUGGCUGAACCGGAGGCCGCCCCAUUGCCCUGCGUGCCCUCGAUUGUGGUGGGGAGCGUCUCCAGCGAGCCGGCAGGGCCCCCAGAUACGACUCCGGAGGUUUCUGGCGAGGCACCGUCGGCACUGCCGAGCGCCACGCCUCAGGAACUGGCAUCCGGGGCACGUCGCAAAAUAUUCCUCACCAAAGCCAAGCAGGCCGACGAGAUGGAAGGGGCGGCCCCAGAUGGGCAGCCGCGGGCAAAAAGGGGCAGCCCCACUGUGUCCCCACAGCAGGGCCGCAAGAACGCAGCACUUUUACAAAGCCCCGCCCCGGCUUCUCCUCCCGUGGAGAAGCGCUCCCCUACCACGGCUAGAAAGAUGGCAACAUUAGAAGUGCCCAAGAUCUAUGAAGAAAUAGCAGAGGAGAACAAGAAUGUGGAAGAGACCACGGCCGAAGUGCAAGCAGGCGAAUCCCGGAAAGCAAACGACCCAUUUAAAGCUCCCCAGGUGAUUCGCAAAAUCCGAGCUGAGCAGUUCUCAGACGCCUCUGGAAAUCUGAAGCUCUGGUGCCAGUUCUUCAACAUUUUGGGUGACUCAAAGCUGACCUGGUAUAAGGAUGAGGUUCCUGUGACGGAUGCCAAAAGGAGCUCUGGAGAUGAAGGGCAAGCGGCCCUGGCCAUCGUGCAGGUCUCCCUGAAGGACCGCGGGGUCUACCAGUGCACCAUCCAGAAUGAGUACGGCACCGACUCCACAGACUUCCUGCUGAGCGCUGAAGUGCUAUCAGGAUUUAUCUCCAAGGAAGAAAUAGAAGUUGGCGAGGAGAUUGAGAUGACGCCCAUGGUGUUUGCCAAAGGCCUGGCUGACUCCGGCUUCUGGGGGGACAAGCUCUUUGGCCGGAUCAUGAUGGAGGACCUGGAGGUGGGCCAAGGUUUCCUGCGCAAGGCAUGCCGCGCCCGUGCCAUCUACGGCCUCGAGCCGGUGUUUGAGUCUGGGCACACAGGCAUCAUCAAGGUCCGCAACCUCAUCGCUUUUGGCGGGCGCAGUGAGAACACGCUGGUGGAGAGGAACUAUGACAUCACCAUCCAGGAAUGCAAGAUCCAGAAUUCGAGUCGGGAAUACUGCAAGAUCUUUGCUGCCGAGGCCAAAGCCAUCCCUGCCUUUGGUCCGGUGCCUGAAAUCAUCCCUCUUUACCUGAUCUACCGCCCGGCGAACAAUAUUCCCUAUGCCACCAUGGAGGAGGACCUGCCCGGCCAGUUCAAGUGCUACUGUGGGCGAAGGCGAGAUGGCAGCCUGGCUCCAGCCAGCCUCUCCGAGGUUGGGCAAAAGUGUUGUGCCUUCCAGCACUGGCUGUACCAGUGGACAAAUGGCAACAUCCUGGUGACAGACUUGGAAGGUGUUGACUGGAAGGUCACCAAUGUCAGGAUUGCUACCAAAACAAAGGGGUACCAAGGCCUCAAGGAGAGCUGCUCCCCCAGCCUGAUCGACCACUUUGAGGUGUCUCACCAGUGUAACCACUUCUGCCAUCUCCUGGGCCUGAAGAGCAUUGAAAUCCCCCAGCCUCCACCUAAAGGCAAGGGCUCUCGGAGCCCCAUAAUGGGCAGGAAGACCCCAUCAGCCCAGUCCAGCCCCCAGCUGCAGAAGAAAGGCCUGUCUAGCCCCCAGGCCUCCAGGAAAGGUUCUGUGAGCCCCAAGAGCGCCCGGAAAUGCCCUGAAAACGCGGGAGAGUUGCAGUCGGUAGCAAGGCCCAAAGGAGGGGACAGUGGCAAGGCCAGCUGGCUGCAGUGAAGAGGCUCGGGGACGCUCUGCAGAAGUGCACUGUGUGUGCCUGGGGGAAGGGCUGCUGCUGCCCCUGCCGUACCCUCCUGCGUGGCUCCUCCCCUCCAGUGUGUGCGGCUUAUGGUGUGUGAGGGAGGGAGCCACGCCGAUGCGCCUCGGAGAAAGGGCCCUGCUCGCACACCGCCCUUGGUGGGUGGGGGCUUGGGAAGGGAUCGGGAAAAGGACGGACUGUGUGGAUGCUCAAUGCCACAAGCGCUGUGUGGGACUUGGAGCCCCACGCACCCCUUGUGUGCAUUUGCGGCAUCUCAGCUGUGUGUGCUAAUGUCCUGUGGACAUGCGCUGCUCCUUUGGUUCCCGUAAGGAUGCGGCCGGAAGCAGGGGCUAAACUCCUCGGUGCGUGGAGCCCUGGCAGGAAUGACGGCUGGGCCCUGCGUUCUCUUGGCUCCAGGGAGGGCCCUGCCGAUUUGACUCCCAACACCCAGCACGUCCCCACAGAAGACCUGUCGCUUGCUGCUUUCCCCAUGAUUGUCUGGGCCCAUCACCGCAGCGAGCCCUUUGACACGCAGUCUAGUCAGCCCGCCUACCCUAUUGGUCUCCCAUAUGGCGGGAAAGAGAGGGUGGAUUCUUUUCUUUCUCCGUGGGUGGAAGAAGCAGCUUUCUUGACGGGGCUGUGUCCGAGGAGGGUAUGGUUCUGUCUUCCUGGGCCUGCACUUAGGGCAAUAAAAAUGUCAAGUGGUUUCAUGUCUUUAGAAGAGAGAAGGGGGGUUUCUUAAGCUCCACUGAGGUUUAGAUCAGGGCUGAGGCACCAAACUCCCUUCAUUCCUGACCACUGGCUAUGCCAGUUGGGGCUGAUGGGAACUGGAGUCUGACAACACCUGGAAGACCGCAGACUCUCAGCCCCCAGAUUUGACUCUUCUUGCUGCUUUCUUUCCACUAGUGCCACGUGGAGCUCAUUGAGCACCAUGUGUGUUGCAUGCAGAAGGUCCCAGGUUCUUUCCCCGUGGUCUCCAGGUUCAGCAGAUCUGAUCCUCUUGAAACUGCUGCCAAUGACAGUGCUGGGCCCCAUGGAUGAUGCCAUUUCAGAUGUCUGUAAGCUGCUACUGUCCUCAAAUAGCAACAUCCCCCCUUUGUCAUUGUGCUGCAUUCUGCUGUCUGGCUACUCCUGACAACGUAGUUGGGUUUCAUCUGCCACCAUCCCUGAUCACUGACCAUGUUCUUACGUUCUAAUAUGGAAGAAGGGUGACCUUCUAAUCUAGGUGCAGGGAACUUGUGCCCCUUGAGAUGUUGGGCUACAACUCCCCUGCUGCCUGGGGUUGAUGAGAGUUGGAGUCCAGUAACAUCAGGAGGUCCCUAGUUUCUACCUCUGGCCUAGUCAGAUAGAAAUAGCUCUUUCUUAACAAGGAACCUGCUUUCUGUUGAAAUAUUCGAUGGCACUUCUGCUUCUCCUUUUCCCCUCGUACUGUGCAACUGUUUUUUCUUUCUUUCUGAGCUUCUUCCAAACCCAACAAGUGAGAUGUUGGUGGAGGGGCAAUUCAGAGAGGACACCUUGGAGCAGUAAACCGAAAGCAUUUAGGAAGACAUUCACAACAUAGAUGCCACAGACUAAGCUCUCACCAUAGACUGCGAUCCAUUGACGUCUGAUGCAGGUCAGGCAGGUGCCAGGACCCAUCUCUUUAUUCCUGCUACUAAAUGAUACCUUUCCUUUCCCUUCCUAGGAAUAAGCCUAGGCUGAGACCUACUUUAGGGGCAAGGGAGAUUCCCCAGGGUGAU